AUGGAGUUGACUCUUCUUAAAAAUCAAGAAUAUCGUGUAGAAGUCAAUGAUACGCAAAAAUUUAAAGUUAUGGUGAUGUCUGGAUCGGCAGAAAUUAAAGGUCAAGAACUUAUUAAUGAAAAAUGGUACACUAUAAAAAAUACUAAAACCGUGAUUUUUACAUACACAGGUUGUAAACUAAAAAUUGAUGGAACAUGUGAUUUACAAUUUAUUUCUAAUAAUACUAAUGUACCGGAUAUACUGAAAUUGUUUACUUCACUUAUUAAUAAGGAAUGUAACGAUAAGACUUUCAUGGUUGUCGGUAAGGGACGAACGACUUUUUGUACGACAAUUAUAAACUAUUUUAUACGAUUACAUAAAAAAGUUUUGUUUACAGAGAUUGACUUAAAAAAAGGGAACAUUUUUCCUGGUAGUCUCUCAACUAUCCAUGUAGAUACGCUUGUAGAAUAUAACGAACAUUUUAAAUUAUCCAAUGUUCUCUCUUUUUACUAUGGUAGUACAGAAAUAAAGAAUAAAGAUCUGUAUACGCUACUAUUGUCUCGGCUUAAAGAAGCUAUAGAUAAAAAAAAAGUAGAUGAUUUACAUCUUAUUUUAUGUCCAGAAGAAACUAGUAAAUAUUAUCAGGAAAUAGUAAAAAUGUUUAAUGUAGAUAAAUUAAUUUGUGUGGGUGAUGAAAGAAAAUUUCAUAUGAUAGAUGUGCCUAUCAAUAAAAUGUUUAUACCUUUAAGUGGAUAUAUAAAUGAUAGCUCAGUAGAUAAAAGUAUCACUAGGUAUUUUAAUGGAUUAAACAACGAAUAUACGCCUUAUUCAUUUUGUGUCAAAAGGAAAUGGAACGUUGUGCGCGUAGGAGAAGAAUGUUUAGCGCCAGAAAGUGCUCUUCCUUUGGGAGGGACAAGAAAAUUGGAUAUAUUGGAAAUCAAAGAUGUUAAAUUAGAAAAUAACUGUGUAUUAGGAAUUUCUGAUGCAAAAACUUCUGAAGAGAUUAUUAAAAGUCCUGUUUUAGGCUAUUGUGUUGUAAUAAAUCAAGAUAUUUUUAAAAUACUCUGUACACAGACAAAAUUACCUAAAUGUAGUUAUUUUAUUCAAGGAGAAAUAAAAUAUUCUGAUUUCUAA